AUGGAACUUAGUGGACUGAUCCAGCUCUCUAAAAGCAUCCAGAAAAACUCAAUUACCGGCUUCUUGGCCCACUUCGGCGCCGGCCAACAAGCGCAAAGCUUGACUCUGCAAGAGCUCAUGGCUCUUUACAAGCGCCUUUGGCAGUCCGAGGAGGGCUUGGAGCGACUUGCUGAGGCCAGUAGGAUCAAUCCCGGAGCUCUGUCCAAGGUGUCCAAGGUCAAUAAGCGUUGUUGA